UUCUUCCCCACUCUCUGACACACUGCUCCUCUUCCUGAAUGGAGUAAAAACUUGGUGCCUGAUAGUGCAAGCAAAGCAACCACCCCCACCUUUCUCCUUCUCCCUCCCUCUGUAAAAAAGAUUGAAAUUUGCUUUUCUUUUUUAUCUCCUUUUUGGCCCCUCCCUAGCUAUAACCCUCAUAUUUAGACCUUCACUACCAAAAACCCAUCUUCAAAAUUCUCUCUUCCAUCAACAACAAAGCUACCCAGACCAGACUCUCAUUUCCUUUCCUCCAUUAACUCAAAACCCUAAAUUUCUUAGGCAAAUUAAUAAACCAUGUAGUAUCUGAAUUUUCAUUUUUUUGUCUUUUUGCUUCUUCUCAAAGGGGAUAAGCUUAGUUCUCACAAAAGGUUUUUCAGGGAUGACAAGUUUUAAGGAAACAUCUCAGAUUCAAGAAAUCUAAACCAUGUUUUUAUUUUCUUAAAUACCCACUUCAUAUCCUGUCUUGUUGUUGUUCCCCUUCCAACCCUUCUCCUUCCUUUUGGUCUCCAACCAAACAACACUACAUAUAAAGGUGUGUGAAAACAAAGAAAGAAAAAAAGGAAAAUGGAACUUUCAAAUCGUCAUGAGGAAGAUGGUGGUGAUAUCCCAAUGCCGAUGAUGAUUCAUCAUCAAGAACCCAUUGCAUCAUCACAUACCAACAAUCAUCAUCAUCAUCAAAUAAUGAAUUCAAAUGGUAACAAUAUCAAUAUGAAUCCUAAUUCUUCUCUAGAUCAAGAUCAUGAGAACCAACAAGUGGUGCCCUACAAGAAAAUGACUACGAUGAAAUACAGAGAGUGUUUAAAGAACCAUGCAGCAGCCAUGGGUGGGAAUGCAACUGAUGGAUGUGGAGAAUUCAUGCCUAGUGGAGAAGAAGGUACAAUCGAAGCAUUAACUUGUUCUGCCUGCAAUUGCCAUCGAAACUUCCAUCGUAAAGAAGUUGAAGAUCAAACAUCAUCUCCUUCAUGUGAUUGUUUCCACAGUCCACAAUAUCCAAACAGAGGUCAACAAAGAAAGCUGCAUCUUUUAUCCCAUCAUCAUCAUCAUCAUAAUGCAAUCUUAGGACCUGCCCCGGAGUCCUUAGGGUACCCUACAAGACCAACCCCACAUCAUCACCAGCAGAUGAUAAUGUCUUACAACAUGGGAUUUGUUCCUAACUCAGAUCACUCUGAUGAACAAGAAGAAGAUAUUGGUGGGUCUUUGUCCAGGCCAGCUCAUCAUCAUCAACAUCUAUUGAAGAAGAGGCACAGGACUAAGUUCAGUCAAGAACAGAAGGAGAAAAUGUUGAACUUUGCUGAGAAAGUUGGAUGGAAAUUCCAGAAACAAGAGGAAUCCAUUGUCCAACAGUUCUGUCAAGAAAUUGGUGUGAAGAGAAGAGUUUUGAAGGUUUGGAUGCAUAAUAACAAGCACAAUCUUGCUAAGAAGAACAUGAUGAACAUCAUUCCUCAAACUACUACUAAUUCACUCACCUAAUUAAUAAUUAAUUCCUUCCCCAUUUCAGGUUCUAGUUCUUUCUUCAUCUUCUUCUCUGUUGAGUCUGUUUUGUUUAAUUUGGACUUUGGAGUUAUAAUAUUAUUAUUAUUAUUAGUCAGAUAACAAUUCUGGUGCAUGCAGUUGUACUUGUGGGUAAUGUUUAUUUUGUCUAAUCUAUUUAGGGAUAGGGUUCAGAACUUUAUGUAUUAUUAUUAUUAUUAUGACUGAUCGAUUGAGCAUUUGCACUAA